GCGCUGCUCUGCACACAAAACCAGCAGCAGGCUGGCGGAGCUGAGAUGGCGGCGUGUGGGUGAGGAGGCGGUUGUGUGAUCGGAGCGCGGCGUUUCUGGAGCGGAAUACAGAGAGUUUAUACAGCGGAGCGGCGCAGGAGGCCAGCACGCGGUGCGCACACUGCAGCCCGGACUACGGCUCGCGUUAGGCCCGCGUUCCGGAGCGACCAUGACCUCCAUACACUUCGUGGUUCACCCGCUGCCCGGGACCGAGGACCAGCUCAAUGACAGACUUCGGGAAGUUUCUGAAAAACUCAACAAAUACAACUGCAACAGUCAUCCACAGCUAAACUUGUUGGAGCAGGCCACACUAAAGCAGUGUGUGGUUGGACCAAACCAUGCUGGGUUUCUGCUAGAGGACGGACGGAUCUGCAGGAUAAGCUUUGCUGUCCAGCCGGAUCGAUUGGAGUUGGGGAAGCCGGAUGGAAAUGAUGGUUCAAAGUUGAGCAGUGGCUCAGGGACAGGAAGGACCUCCAGGCCAGGUAGGACUAGUGAUCCGCCCUGGUUCCUGUCUGGUUCUGACACUUUGGGCCGACUGGCAGGCAACACCCUUGGGAGCCGCUGGAGUUCAGGAGUGAGUGGAGGAGGCAGUGGUGGAGGAGGGGGGAGUGGAGGUGGAGGAACAGGUGGAGGCAGUGGAGGAGGAGGCGGGAGCGGAGGAGGUGGGGGAGGGGGCGGAGGCUCGUCAGGACGCUCCAGCACCGCGGCCCGGGACUCCCGCAGGCAGACCCGCGUCAUCCGCACUGGCAGAGACCGGGGAUCCGGCCUGCUGGGCAGCCAACCGCAACCGGUCAUCCCCGCAUCCGUCAUCCCCGAGGAGCUCAUCUCUCAGGCUCAAGUGGUUCUCCAGGGAAAGUCCAGGAGUGUGAUCAUCCGAGAACUCCAGCGCACAAACCUGGAUGUGAACCUGGCCGUGAACAACCUGCUGAGCCGUGACGACGAGGACGGAGACGACGGAGACGACACAGCCAGCGAGUCUUACUUACCAGGAGAAGACCUGAUGUCUUUGUUGGACGCAGACAUCCACUCUGCACACCCCAGCGUCAUCAUCGACGCCGAUGCCAUGUUCUCAGAGGACAUCAGCUACUUCGGCUACCCCUCCUUCCGUCGCUCGUCCCUGUCUCGCCUCGGCUCCUCAAGAGUUCUCCUUCUGCCUUUAGAGCGUGACUCCGAGCUGCUGCGCGAGCGUGAGUCCGUGCUGAGGCUGCGCGAGAGGAGGUGGCUGGACGGCGCCUCCUUCGACGCCGAGCGAGGCUCCACCAGCCGGGAGGGAGAGCCCAGCGUGGACAAGAAGAGCGUCCCCCUGCAGAGCCCCGUCUCUCUGGGGGAGGAGCUGCAGUGGUGGCCCGAUAAGGAUGGAACUAGGUUCGUCAGCAUCGCAGCCAUGUUUUCAGAGCUUGUGGCGAUCAGCUCUAAGGGUGAACUCUACCAGUGGAAGUGGAGCGAACCAGAACCGUACAGAAACGCACAAAAUCCUUCCAUCCACCACCCUCGCGUGUCCUUCCUUGGCUUGGCCAACGAGAAGAUCACCCUGUUGUCUGCCAACAGUAUUCGGGCCACUGUGGCUACUGAGACCAACAAGGUGGCGACGUGGGUGGAUGAAACGCUGAGUUCGGUGGCGUGUAAACUGGAGCACGGUGCUCAGACGUUUCCGGAGCUUCAGGGGGAACGGAUCGUCUCCCUGCACUGCUGCUCUCUCUACACCUGCGCCCAGCUCGACAGCAGCCUCUACUGGUGGGGCGUCGUGCCUUUUAGUCAACGGAAAAAAAUGCUUGAAAAGGCCAGAGCCAAGAACAAGAAGCCAAAGUCCAGCGCAGGAAUCGCCUCCAUCCCCAACAUCACAGUGGGCACUCAGGUGUGUUUGAGGAAUAACCCUCUGUACCACGCCGGCGCUGUGGCCUUCUCGGUCAGUGCCGGAGUCCCCAAAGUGGGUGUUCUACUGGAGUCUGUGUGGAACAUGAACGACAGCUGCCGGUUCCAGCUGCGUUCUCCGGAGAGCCUGAAGAGCAUGGAGAAGAGCACUAAGGCCCAGGAGAUCAAGACUGAGAGCAAACCUGAACUAGUUAAAACUGAGAUGGGCCCGCCCCCUUCACCUGCCUCCACAUGCAGCGAUACCUCCUCUAUUGCCAGCAGUGCCUCACUGCCCUACAAGCGGAGGCGCUCCACUCCGGCGCCUAAAGAGGAGGAGAAAGUGAACGAGGAGCAGUGGCCUCUGCGAGAGGUCGUGUUCGUGGAGGAUGUUAAAAAUGUCCCUGUGGGGAAGGUGCUAAAAGUCGAUGGUGCAUAUGUUGCUGUGAAAUUUCCAGGGACGUCGAGCAGCGUGAGCAGCCAGAGUGCAGCUCCCACUGACUCUGACCCGUCCUCACUACUGCAGGACUGCAGACUCCUCAGAAUAGAUGAACUACAGGUUGUUAAAACUGGUGGAACUCCUAAAGUUCCAGACUGUUUUCAGCGCACACCUAAAAAACUUUGUAUACCAGAGAAAGCUGAAAUUUUAGCUGUGAACGUUGACUCCAAAGGAGUUCAUGCUGUACUGAAAACAGGUAGCUGGGUUAGGUACUGUAUCUUUGACUUGGCUACUGGUAAAGCCGAGCAGGAGAAUCACUUCCCCACGAGUAACCUGGCCUUUCUGGGCCAGAGCGAGCGUAACGUGGCCAUCUUCACCGCUGGCCAGGAAAGCCCCAUCAUCCUGCGGGAUGGAAACGGCACAAUUUACCCAAUGGCCAAAGACUGCAUGGGUGGAAUUCGAGAUCCUGAUUGGCUGGAUCUGCCGCCCAUCGCCAGCCUGGGCAUGGGAGUUCACUCCCUCGCCAACCUGCCCAGCAACUCCACUAUCAAGAAGAAAGCUGCUAUCAUUAUAAUGGCUGUAGAGAAGCAGACUCUCAUGCAGCACGUGUUGCGGUGUGAUUACGAGGCGUGCCGGCAGUAUCUGGUGAGUCUGGAGCAGGCCGUGCUGCUGGAGCAGAACCCCCACGCUCUGGACGCUCUGCUGGGUCACCGCUGUGAUGGGAACCGGAACCUCCUCCACGCCUGCGUCUCCGUCUGCUUCCCCGUCAGCAACAAGGAGACCAAGGAGGAGGAAGAAGCUGAGCGCUCGGAGAGGAACACUUUCGCGGAGCGUCUUUCUGCAGUAGAAGCCAUCGCUAAUGCUAUCUCUGUGGUGUCCAGCAACAGCUCUGGAAACAGGACCGGAUCGUCCAGCAGUCGCGGUCUCCGUCUCCGAGAGAUGAUGAGACGAUCCCUCCGAGCUGCCGGAUUGGGCCGUCACGAGUCUGGCCCCUCCUCCGCCGACCACCAGGACCCGGUGUCCCCACCUAUAGCACCACCCAGCUGGGUCCCGGACCCCCCGCCUAUGGAUCCUGAUGGUGACAUUGAUUUCAUCUUGGCCCCUGCAGUCGGUUCCCUUACCACAGCUUCCACCGGCCCCAGCCAAGGACCCAGCACCUCCACCAUCCCCGGACCUUCUUCAGAGCCGUCUGUAGUGGAGAGUAAAGACCGCAAGGCCAACGCUCACCUUAUCCUGAAGCUGAUGUGCGACAGUGUGGUCCUGAGACCUCACCUACGAGAACUGCUCUCUGCUAAGGAUGCUCGGGGAAUGACUCCGUUUAUGCUGGCUGUGAGUGGACGAGCGUACCCAGCAGCCAUCACUGUCCUGGAAGCAGCUCAGAAAAUAGCCAAGGGAGAGCCUGGGAUUGGUGAGAAGGAGGAUGUGAACUCUGUGUUUAUGGAGAUGAUCUGUCCGGCUGGAACCAACCCUGACGACUCUCCGCUCUACGUUCUCUGCUGUAACGACACCUGCAGCUUCACCUGGACCGGAGCUGAGCACAUCAACCAGGAUAUCUUUGAGUGCAGGACGUGUGGUCUGCUGGAGUCUCUGUGCUGCUGUACGGAGUGUGCCAGGGUUUGCCACAAAGGCCACGACUGCAAGCUGAAGAGGACGUCUCCCACCGCGUACUGCGACUGCUGGGAGAAAUGCAAGUGUAAAACUCUGAUCGCCGGACAGAAGGCAGCCCGUCUGGACCUGCUCUACAGACUGCUGACCACCACCAACCUGGUCACCAGCCCAAACAGCAGGGGUGAGCACAUCCUGCUGUUUCUGGUGCAGACGGUGGCGAGGCAGAGCGUGGAGCACUGUCAGUAUCGGCCUCCUCGUAUCAGAGAAGACCGGAACCGCAAGGCAGCCAAUGCAGAAGACUCGGACAUGCCGGAUCAUGACCUGGAGCCCCCGCGGUUUGCUCAGCUGGCUCUGGAGCGAGUGCUGCAGGACUGGAACGCCCUGAAGUGCAUGAUCAUGUUCGGCUCGCAGGAGAACAAAGACCCGCUGAGUGCGAGCAGCCGGAUCGCUCACCUCCUGCCGGAGGAGCAGAUGUACCUGAACCAGCAGAGCGGCACCAUCAGGCUGGACUGCUUCACACACUGCCUCAUCGUCAAGUGUGCUCCAGACAUCACUUUUAUAGACACUCUGCUGGGGACGCUGGUGAAGGAGCUGCAGAAUAAAUACACUCCAGGCCGAAGGGAAGAGGCGAUCUGCGUGACCCGCAGGUUCCUGCGCUCCGUCGCCAGAGUCUUCGUCAUCCUCAGUGUGGAGAUGGCCUCGUCCAAGAAGAAAAAUAACUUCAUCCCUCAGCCCAUAGGGAAGUGUCGGCGGGUGUUCCAGGCUCUGCUGCCGUACGCGGUGGAGGAGCUGUGUAACGUGGCCGAGUCUCUGAUUGUACCGGUGCGGAUGGGCAUCGCCAGGCCCACGGCUCCGUUCACUCUGGCCAGCACCAGCAUCGACGCCGUUCAGGGCAGCGAGGAGCUGUUCUCUGUGGAGCCGCUGCCCCCGCGACCCUCGCCCGACCAGUCCAGCAAUUCUGGUCAGUCUGCCUCCUCCUACAUCAUCAGGAAUCCUCAGCCACGGCGCAGCAGCCAAUCACAGACAGCCCGCGGACGAGACGAGGAGCAGGAUGACAUUGUAUCUGCUGAUGUUGAGGAGGUGGAGGUGGUGGAGGGAGUUGCAGGUGAGGAGGAUCAUCAUGAUGAUCAGGAGGAGCAGGGGGAGGAGACUGCGGAAGCAGAGGGGCAGCAUGAUGAGCACGAUGAGGACGGAAGUGACAUGGAGCUGGAUCUGUUGGCUGCUGCAGAGACGGAGAGUGACAGCGAGAGCAACCACAGCAACCAGGACAACGCCAGCGGCCGCCGCAGCGUCGUUACAGCCGCAACAGCUGGGUCUGAAGCAGGUGCGAGCAGCGUUCCUGCUUUCUUCUCGGAGGACGACUCUCAGUCUAACGACUCCAGCGACUCGGACAGCAGCAGCAGCCAGAGCGACGACGCCGAUCAGGAGACGUACCUGCUGGACGAGCCCCUGGAGCGGACCACCGGCUCGGCUCACGCUAACAGCGCCGCCCAGGCCCCCCGAUCCAUGCAGUGGGCGGUGCGGACCACCCCCAGCCAGCGAUCAGCAGGGGGCGCUCCUGCCAGCUCCUCCACGCCAGCAGCGAGCUCCACAGGGCUGAUCUACAUCGACCCGUCCAACCUGCGCCGCAGCAGCGCCAUCAGCACCAGCGCAGCCGCCGCAGCCGCAGCCCUGGAGGCCAGCAACUCCAGCAGCUACCUGACCUCCGCCAGCAGCCUGGCCCGAGCCUACAGCAUCGUCAUCCGCCAGAUCUCUGACCUCAUGAGCCUCAUCCCCAAAUACAACCACCUGGUGUACUCCCAGUACCCUGCUGCCGUCAAACUCACCUACCAGGACGCAGUCAACCUGCAGAACUUUGUGGAGGAGAAACUGAUCCCCACCUGGAACUGGAUGGUGUCGAUCAUGGACUCGACUGAAGCUCAGCUGCGUUACGGUUCUGCUCUGAGCUCUGCUGGAGAUCCAGGUCACCCCAGCCACCCUCUGCACGCGUCUCAGCACGCCGGCCGCAGAGAGCGCAUGACCGCCCGCGAGGAGGCCAGCCUCCGGACCCUGGAGGGACGCAGGCGUGCAGCGACGCUGCUGACCGCUCGUCAGGGUAUGAUGUCGGCUCGCGGGGACUUCCUGAACUACGCUCUGUCUCUGAUGCGUUCCCAUAACGACGAGCACUCUGACGUCCUGCCCGUGCUGGACGUCUGCUCCCUCAAGCACGUGGCCUACGUCUUCCAGGCCCUCAUCUACUGGAUCAAGGCCAUGAACCUGCAGACCACCCUGGACACCACCCAGAUAGACCGCAAGAGGAACCGUGAGUUGUUGGAACUUGGUUUGGACAACGAGGACUCUGAGCAUGAGAACGACGAGGACACCAAUCAGAGCUCCACCCUCCAGGAUAAAGAGGAGGAGUCUGUUUCCUCGGAAACCGGACAGCACCACCCGUUCUUCCGCCGAUCCGACUCCAUGACCUUCCUCGGGUGCAUCCCUCCCAAUCCCUUUGAAGUCCCUGUCGCCGAGGCCAUCCCGCUGGCUGACCAGCCUCACCUGCUGCAGCCGAAUGCGAGGAAGGAGGAUCUGUUCGGGAGACCCAGCCAAGGACUCUACUCUUCCUCCUACAUGGCCAGCAAAGGCCUGUCUGACCUUACCGUGGACAUGAAUUGCUUACAGGUACACGCACACAAGCAGAUUCUGCCCACGAAGAUGUCGUACUCCGCUAAUAUGAAGAACGUUAUGAGUAUGGAGUCUCGGCAGAGGGGCAGUGAAGAUCAGCCGACAUCAGCGCAGGAAAUGGACACCUCUAAACCUGGCCCCUCCCCCCACGACCUGGCCGCCCAAUUAAAGAGCAGCCUGCUGGCAGAGAUCGGUCUGACGGAGAGUGACGGCCCACCGCUGCCCACGUUUAUUCCUCACUGCAGCUUCAUGGGUAUGGUGAUUUCUCAUGAUAUGCUGUUGGGCCGGUGGCGUCUCUCCCUCGAGCUGUUUGGACGAGUCUUCAUGGAGGAUGUAGGAGCUGAACCUGGAUCUAUUCUGACGGAGCUGGGCGGGUUCGAGGUGAAGGAGUCGAAGUUCCGCAGGGAGAUGGAGAAGCUGAGGAACCUGCAGUCCCGGGAUCUGGCUCUGGAGGUGGACCGGGACCGGGACCAGCUGAUCCAGCAGACCAUGAGGCAGCUGAACACGCACUUCGGCCGGCGCUGCGCCACCACGCCCAUGGCCGUGCACCGCGUCAAGGUCACGUUCAAGGACGAGCCGGGGGAGGGCAGCGGCGUGGCUCGCAGCUUCUACACCGCCAUCGCCCAGGCCUUCCUGUCCAACGACAAACUGCCCAACCUCGACUGCGUGCAGAGCGUCAGCAAGGGCAUGCAGGCCAGCAAUCUGAUGCAGCGUCUGAGGAACCGAGACCGAGAACGUGAGAGGAGGAGCGGGGGUCUGAGGGCGGGGUCCAGACGGGACCGGGACAGGGAUUCCAGAAGGCAGCUGUCCAUCGACACCCGGCCGUUCAGACCAGCGUCUGAAGGGAAUCCGAGCGACGAGCCGGAUCCUCUACCUGCUCACAGACAGGCUUUAGGAGAGCGCCUGUACCCACGGGUUCAUGCCAUGCAGCCGGCGUUUGCCAGUAAGAUCACUGGGAUGCUGCUGGAGCUUUCUCCAGCUCAGCUGCUGCUGCUGUUGGCCAGCGAGGACUCGCUCAGAGCUCGAGUGGAGGAGGCCAUGGAGCUCCUCAUCACACACGGAAGGGAAAAUGGUGCAGACAGUAUACUGGACCUCGGUCUCCUCGACACUCCAGAGAAAGCACAGCAGGAGAACAGGAAGAGGCACGGCUCCACCCGCAGCGUGGUGGAUAUGGAGCUGGAUGAUCCGGACGAUGGAGACGAUAACGCUCCUCUCUUCUACCAGCCCGGAAAGAGGGGCUUCUACUCCCCCCGGCCCGGCAAGAACACCGAGGCCAGACUCAACUGCUUCAGAAACAUCGGCAGAAUACUGGGGCUGUGUCUCCUGCAGAACGAGCUCUGCCCAAUCACCCUCAACAGACACGUCAUCAAGGUGUUGCUCGGUAGGAAGGUGAACUGGCACGACUUCGCCUUCUUCGACCCGGUGAUGUACGAGAGUUUACGGCAGCUGAUUCGUCACUCGCAGACGGGCGAGGCUGAGGCUGUGUUCGCGGCGAUGGAUCUGGCCUUCGCUAUCGAUCUCUGUAAAGAGGAAGGAUCUGGACAGGUGGAGCUCCUGACGGGCGGAGCGAACAUGCCGGUGACUCCUCAGAACGUGUACGAGUACGUGAGGAAGUACGCUGAGCACAGGAUGCUGGUUGUAGCUGAACAGCCUCUACAUGCUAUGAGGAAGGGGCUCCUAGACGUGCUUCCAAAGAACGCUCUGGAGGACCUGACGGCCGAGGACUUCCGGCUGCUGGUGAACGGCUGUGGGGAGGUCAACGUCCAGAUGCUCAUCAGCUUCACCUCCUUCAACGACGAGUCCGGGGAGAACGCUGAGAAGCUGCUGCAGUUUAAGCGCUGGUUCUGGUCCAUCGUGGAGAAAAUGAGCAUGACUGAGAGGCAGGACCUGGUGUAUUUCUGGACGUCCAGCCCGUCUCUCCCCGCCAGCGAGGAGGGGUUCCAGCCCAUGCCCUCCAUCACCAUCCGGCCGCCGGACGACCAGCACCUGCCCACGGCAAACACCUGUAUCUCCCGGCUCUACGUCCCGCUGUACUCCUCCAAACAGAUCCUCAAACAGAAACUUUUACUAGCCAUCAAGACCAAGAACUUCGGUUUUGUGUAGAGGCGGACGAGCGCAGACGUUUACCCGUUGUGUAAUAUUACUAGUUCCAUUUUUGUAGAUUUAUUUUUUGUCUAUACAAUUUUAUGAAAUUUAAAAGAGAAGUGCUGUCAUGUCCUUGGCGGUAGGGUUUCUUUCUUCUUCUUUCUUUUUUUCCCUCCUUCCUUUUUCUUGUUUUUUCAGGUCUGAGUUGUGAACGCAGACGCCGCUUGUUCUUAUUUCGUUUUUAUUUUCGUUUUUUCCCUGAGUAAUUAACACAUUCCUGCAUUGGCUUAGUGAAGUCGGGGCCCUCGGCUCCGUCGGCUCCGACCGCGACUUCCCUCGGAAACUUCGGCCGGCAGCAAACUGUCCGCCGAACCCCAGCCAAAGAUGACAGCAGACGUAUUUAAAGAAAAAGAAGAGUUUCACUGUGAUUAUGAAUUGUUUUCCCCCCCCGUUACCCUGAAUAUAAAAGUUAUGACUGAGAGUUCACUGCUGCCUUUGUGGAAAGUCAUUUUUUUCUUGUAUAGGGGGAAGUAGGGAAUUUCAAAAUAAACUUGGAUGCAAACUAUUAA